CCAAAUCAAUCAUUUCUGUGCUUAAGCAAUAUUUUGGCAGAGGAUAGAGAGAGAUAUUGGACAGGAAGAGUGAAGCCAAGGUUUAUAUUUAUUGGAUGCAAGUCGUUUGUGUCACUGUUUAUUUGUACUUGAGUUGCUGAUUUCCAACACCACUUGAGAUUCAUGGGUGGAUUUGAUGACCCUGUGGCCAUCAUGGGAGAUUGGAUGCCUCCUAGUCCAAGUCCAAGGGCGUUUUUCUCAUCAAUCCUGGGUGACGAUCUUGGGACGAGGGAGAAUAAAACCGGGACCCUUGUUUCAGAGCCUGAAGGGUAUGCUUCAUCGAGAAAUAGUGAUGGGAAAGGUGGUGAUCAAGCGGGUAGCAUGAGUUUGCUUUCUGAGCAGAAAAUAGGGUCUCGUGGUGGUGGUCUCUUAGAAAGAAUGGCAGCUAGGGCGGGAUUCAAUGCCCCACGGCUGAACACAGAGAGCAUUCGAACUGCUAAUCUUUCACAGAAUCAAGAAGUUCGGUCUCCUUACUUGACGAUUCCUCCUGGUCUCAGUCCAACAACUCUGCUAGAUUCUCCUGUUUUCCUCUCGAAUUCACUGGCACAGCCGUCUCCAACAACUGGAAAAUUUCCAUUUCCUUCAUCUGGUGAUAUUCAGAACUCAAUGAUGUUUAUGGAGUCCGCUUCUCGUAAAAGCAAAGAGAGUUCUUUCGACAACAAUGAUUCGUCGUCCUUUGCUUUCCAGCCCGUUAUUCAAACUGGCCCUUCCAUCUUUCCCGGCACAUUUGGCAAAGUACCUCCAUCCAAUCUAGCACGGCAAUCCUUUCCCAGUAUAGAGCCUACUCAAGUCUAUGCACAAAAUGGAACAAUUCAACGGCCUGAUUUCUCUAGAUCUUCUACGGAGAAUGAUAACGGGAGUGGUAAUAUCACAUCCGAGCCAAUGGCUUUUAAUACGGUUGCUGGCAGUACCGAGCAUUCUCCACCUCCCGAUGAGCUGCCAGAUGAGGAAACUGAUCAAAGAGGAAGCGGAGAUCCCAACUUUCUCGGGGCCCCUGCUGAUGAUGGUUAUAACUGGAGAAAAUAUGGGCAGAAACAAGUGAAAGGAAGCGAGUAUCCCCGGAGUUACUACAAGUGCACACAUCUAAAUUGCCCGGUCAAGAAGAAAGUGGAGCGCUCUCACGAGGGUCACAUUACGGAGAUAAUCUACAAGGGGGCCCACAAUCACCCAAAACCUACGCCUAGUCGCAGAUCAGCACUUGGAAACAUGCAAAUAGAAAAUACUGAACAAGGUGGAACCGGAGGUGAUGGUGAUCCAAUUUGGGCUAAUAUGCAAAAGGGAUCGGGUGCUGGAGAUCCCGAUUGGAGGAACGACAAUCUUGAGGUAACAACUUCUGCACCUUUGGGCUCAGAGUAUUGCAACGGGUCUUCCUUGCAGGCCCAAAAUGGCACUCAGUUUGAAUCAGGGGAUGCAGUGGAUCGGUCUUCUACUUUUUCAAACGAUGAAGAUGAAGAUGAUCGUGGAACACACGGAAGUGUGUCACUAGGUUAUGAUGGUGAAGGAGACGAGUCCGAGUCCAAAAGAAGGAAGAUUGAAACUUAUGCAGCAGACAUGAGUGGCGCCACCAGAGCCAUUCGGGAGCCCAGGGUGGUGGUGCAGACUACCAGUGAGGUUGACAUACUCGAUGACGGGUAUCGCUGGCGUAAGUAUGGACAAAAAGUCGUCAAAGGGAAUCCAAAUCCAAGAAGCUACUACAAGUGCACGAGUGCUGGCUGCACUGUCAGGAAACACGUGGAGAGGGCUUCUCACGAUCUGAAAUCGGUGAUUACCACCUAUGAAGGGAAGCACAACCAUGAUGUUCCUGCAGCCCGCAAUAGUAGCCACGUUAAUUCAGGAGUUUCCAACAGCGGGCCCACCCAAGCACCCGCGCCAACUCAUACCCAUUUGCAUAGGCCCGAGUCUUCACAGCUUCAGAACGCCAUGGCAAGGUUUGAAGGGCCUCUUUCAUUUGGGCUGGCCGGUAGGCCUCCACAGCUAGGUGGUACCCCGGGUUUUGGUUUUGGGAUGAACCCACAAGGCUUAACCAAUCUGGCAAUGGCUGGGCUUGGCCCUAACCCGGGCAAAUUUCCCGUUCUUCCAUAUCUUGGACAACAGCGCCCGGUCAAUCACAUGAGCUUCAUGCUGUCCAAGGGAGAGCCAAAGAUGGAGCCUUUAUCAGACCCCGGCUUGAACAUCUCCAAUGGCUCAUCGGUUUAUCAACAGGUCAUGAGUAGGUUGCCUCUUGGACCUCAUAUGUAAAUUUACUAACUUUUGCUCUCACAAGAGAAGAAAGUAGAAAUGUUUGACUAUAUUCAAUGGGGGCAUUUCAUUUGAUUGCAUUAUAUAGUUCAUUCUUUGUUAUACCCUUGAACAAUCAGCACUAUAUAUAAUUGAAAUUUGUGAGCUUUUCCUAAAGCUGUUGCUUGCUACUAUUUGGUUG